AAAUAUUGGUCACACAGAGAACGAAAACGUCGGCGUUUGGUCGUUAUACAUAAACCCUGGGAGUUGCUCGUUCUCUUCUUCUUUAGCUUUCAAGUCCCGAGCUGUACAACCAAAGAGGUCGCAGUAAUGGAGACCCCGAACCAGAUUCAAAUCGACCUUGGUAAUCUCAUGGCCUUCGACCCUCAUCACCACUUCCCCUCAAUCCCCUCCUCCAGGGAGGAAUUAGUGAAGGAAUGUCUAACAAAAGGCACUGAGUUGGUUCAAUCGAUUGCGGACAAACUUUUCAACUUACCUUCAACUGAAGACAUAGAUGGUCCCCUUGUGCAGUUGCCUCGUCCAGAAACUAAAUUGCCCAGAGAGAAGCAUCUUCCAGUGCCUAAACCUCCUACAAAAUGGGAAGAGUUUGCCAAAGCGAAAGGUAUAAAGAAUCGUAAAAGAGACAAGGUUGCAUAUGAUGAGCCAAGUCAGUCGUGGAAACGUCGCUUUGGAUAUGAUCGUGCAAAUGAUGAGAAUAGUGUGCCUAUCAUUGAGGCGAAGAUGACUGAUGUGCCAGGGGAAGAUCCUUUUGCUAAAAGGCAAGAUGAAAAAAAGAAACGAGUUGAAAAACAAGACAAAAAUAGGUUGCAGAACUUGAAGCAAGCUGCAAAAGUCGGUGCUCUGCCAAGUCAUGUUCAACUAGCAGCUACAAGGUUGCCCAUAACGGGAACCCAGGCUGCACCUAAGAAGGUUACUAAAGACGAAUUGGGGAAUGUAGCUGGAAUAGCAGCAACUGCAACAGCCAGUGGUGGAAAGUUUGACAAGAAAUUGCCAGGCGAAAAGCCUUCUAAACAUAAAGGAAAGUUUCGCAAGUUUUUACCAGUUGUAGAAGGAAAGGGCAAACACUCGCAAGAGAAGGAGCAAACAGAGAAAGUUCUGAACAAGCUAAUGUCUAAGAAUUCCCAUGAGAUACUUAAUGUUGAUAAGGCUGUUAACAUGUAUAAUGUCAAGAAAGACAAGAAACGAAAGAACAGACCGGAGAAGUCUCCAGCAUCCUCAAGCAAGUUGAAACCAAAGAAGAACCUUCACAAGAAGCCAUUAAAGAAGGGAUCUUCAAGUAAAAGCAAGGGAAAGUGAAGUUAUUAUUAGUGAUGAUGACAAUGAUAAGCUGUUGGAGUUUUGAAGUAGGUUCUACAAGUUUAUUUAUUUGGAAUCAAAAGUUUUUGUGUAAGACUGCUUUAUUUUUCAGGAGAAAAGUAUUCAAUCUCACUCGCUCUCUCCUACAUAUAUUUACAUGUAUGUGUGGAAGGUGGAAUUUCUAUGGUCUACAUGUCUUUGGAGAUAUGGAUUUCCAAGUUCAUGAAAUGUGUCCACGUGUAGUUGAUGAGAGUCUUCCAAUGAAUUAUGGCACAAAACAA